AACUGUGUCUUCACAAACACCGCAACCUGUCAGAGGAAUCGCCGAAAGUGUAGCAGCUGCAGGUUGCAGUAAUGGACUCCCUCUCAGUAGCCAACGGCAGCUUUCUUCUAGAUCUUUACAAAAAGCUGAUCCAAACAUCUGAAGGCAAUAUUUUCUUUUCUCCUUGGAGCAUCACAUCUGUUCUAGCCAUGGUCCACAUGGGAGCAAGAGGUAGAACUGCCAGCCAGAUGGCAGAGGUGCUUCGUUUCAAUGCAUCACCAGAGGAGUCUGAAAGGUCUUCACAGGAACCAGGACUCAGUAAAGAUGAAACCACCAACAGUCAAUUCCAGGAACUGAUUUCUAAAAUCAACCAACCCAAGAACACCUACCUGCUGAAAACUGCCAAUAGAGUAUAUGGAGAAAAGACUUUCGAUUUUAACAGCGAAUACCUUCAGCUCACUAAGAAGUAUUAUCAUGCAGAACUACAACCGGUUGAUUUUUUGAAUGCUGCAGAACAAGUCAGAGAACAGAUCAACGUUUGGGUUGAAAAACAAACUAACAACAAAAUCAAGAAUCUCUUGCCUAAAGAUUCAGUUGGUGCUCAGACAGCACUGGUCAUAGUAAAUGCCAUUUACUUCAAAGGAAAGUGGGAUCAAAGAUUUGAGAAAGCAAAUACUACUGAGAAGCCUUUCAGACUGAGUAAGACCCAGUCAAAGCCUGUACAAAUGAUGUUUCUAAAGGGAACAUUUCCAACCUUCUACAUUGAUAUCCUGAGGGUUCGUAUUCUUGAGCUCCCAUAUGAGAACAAUGACGUCAGCAUGUUCAUCAUGCUUCCAAAAGACAUCGAAGAUGAGUCUACUGGUCUGGAAUUGCUGGAAAAAGAACUAACAUAUGAGAGAUUGUCGAUAUGGACGAGUCCGGAAAUGAUGCAGAAAAGGAAGGUGGAGCUUCACUUGCCAAGGAUCAAACUGGAAGAGAGUUUCGACCUCAAGUCCACCCUAAGCAGUAUGGGGAUGAAGGAUGCUUUCAUUCCAGCCCAAGCUAACUUCUCAGGAAUGUCAAAAAAAGGCGACUUGUUUUUGUCAGAAGUGUAUCACAAGUCCUUUCUGGAGAUCAAUGAAGAGGGCACCGAGGCAGCAGCUGCCUCAGCAGCCACCGUUGUAAUAAGGUCAUCUCAGCAGCCCAUAAAAAUUGAAGCAAACCAUCCUUUUAUCUUCCUUAUCUGGCACAAGGCAACAAAAACCACCCUCUUCUUUGGCAGAUUCUCUGCUCCAUAGAAUGGGGUUGCCAAUGUAAUGAACCCACCAGUACCUCCCGUGGUAAACACACCCUCAAAAAUAAAAAAUGUGCAAGAGAACUUCCUGCACUUCCUGCUAAGUUAAUGUUGACAGUGGUUUUGCCUCUCUUUCUCUCCUCUGCCAACAGUCAUUUUGUGUUAUGCCACACACCCCACGGCAGCCAUUUUGUGACUGGCACCCACAGCAGUUUCUCAAAAUUCCAAAUGUCCUCAUUGGUCCAAAAAGGUUGGCAAUCUGAGUAUAAAUGCUUAGGAGCAGGCUGGAAUGCCAUAGGCCUCACAUUUAGGCCUAAUGCUGUUUUAGACAUAACCUAUAUAAGCUUUUCUGCCUUCCGUCGCCCAAAUCUGUCUCUGUACACGACAAGUGUGCAGCAUCACAUUCUUAAUUCUUCUCUGAAUGCCGGUCAUCGUUGUCUGUAAGACAUGCAUUUUAAAGCAAUAAAUUUAUUUUUGAAAAUUACCGUACUUUCCCAUGUAUUAG